UUCCUUUCCUCCCGAGCGGAAGAUCGUUGCUUCUUUCACUGGAGUCAGGAGCUCCUCAUGUGACCAGUUUCACUUCGGACCCGCGGGUCCGUCUCACUGGCUGCAUGGUUGUGUGGAUUCGGGGAAGGGGGAGUAGAGGACCCUUGGAAAUCUGCGGCUGCGCAGCCUACGUUAAAUCACCUUCGGGAGUUGUUUAUGUACCUUGAGACUAGAGAAAUGAGUACAGAAGCAGAACAACAACUUCUCCAUAAUGCCAGAAAUGGCAACACUGAAGAAGUUAGGAAGCUUUUAGAAACUGUGGAGCGAAAGGAAGUAAUCGCCAAUAUUAAUUGCAAAGGGAGAAGUAAAUCUAAUUUGGGUUGGACUCCUCUUCAUUUGGCAUGCUAUUUUGGACAUGGACAAGUAGUACAAGAUUUGUUGAAGUGUCCUUGUAGUGUCGAGAAAGCAAGUUGGACGGACACUCUCUGGAGAACAAAUGGAGGGCAUUUCUGCACAAGUCACAACAAGGCUGGUGCAGAAGUAAAUGUGUUAAAUGAUAUGGGAGACACUCCACUUCAUCGUGCAGCAUUUACAGGGCGAAAGGAAUUGGUAAUGCUUCUCUUAGAACAUAACGCUGAUGCUGCUGUUGUGAAUGGGAGUGGACAGACAGCAAAAGAAGUUACUCAUGACAAAGAAAUAAGAAACAUGCUUGAGGCUGUAGAAAGGACUCAACAAAGAAAAUUUGAAGAAUUGCUUUUGGAAGCAGCAAGGGAAGGAAAUACCACAGGACUGACAACACUGCUCAACAGACCAAAUCCUCCUAAUGUUAACUGUUUUGACCAAAUGGGAAAUACACCUCUGCAUUGUGCAGCCUAUCGUGCCCACAAGCAGUGUGCCUUAAAACUUCUAAAAAGUGGUGCUGACCCUAAUCUGAGGAACAAAAAUGAUCAGAGACCCCUUGACCUAGCCCAAGGCCUAGAAAUGAAACAUGCACUUGGUGGUAAUAAGGUUGUCUACAAAGUAUUGAAACGAUACGAGGGUCCUCUCUGGAAGAGUUCAAGAUUUUUUGGCUGGCGACUGUGCUGGGUAGUAUUAGAACAUGGAGUUCUUUCAUGGUAUAGGAAACAGCCUGAUGCAGUGAGUAAUGUUCACCGUCAAGGAUGCAAACAUUUGACUCAAGCUAUAUGUACGGUAAAACCUACUGAUAGCUGCCUUUUCUUUAUUAAAUGCUUUGAUGAUAGUAUGCAUGGUUUCAGAGUUCCUAAGAAUAGCCUUCAGCAGUCAAGAGAGAGUUGGCUGGAAGCAAUAGAAGAACAUUCUGCAUAUAGUACUCACUACUGUUCUCAGGAUCAGCUAAGUGAUGAUGAAGAGGAAGAUGAUGCUGUUUCUAUAGUAGAUUUGAGGGAAUCUUUACAGAAAGCACAAGAAUGCCAACAGAGACUAGAUAGAGAGAUUUCCAACUUUUUCAAAAUGAUUAAGGAGUGCAACAUGGCUAAAGAAAUUCUUCCAUCAUUUCUUCAGAAAGUUGAAGCUGUCUCUGAAGCCUCUGGAGAAACUUGUGCAGCUUUGAAUGAUUGUCUUAAUCUCUUCACCAAACAAGAAGGGGUGAGGAAUUUGAAAUUGGAACAGGAGCAAGAGAAAAACAAAAUCUUAUCAGAAGCAUUAGAGACUCUGGCAACAGAACAUCAUGAAUUAGAACAGUCUCUCGUUAAAGGAUCUCCACCUCUCAGCAUCCUGAGUGAGGAAGAGUUUUAUGAUGCUCUUUCAGAUUCAGAGUCUGAACAGUCCAUAAGUAGAUUGGAAACAGUAACAGCACGUUCAUUUGAAGAGAGGAGAGAACAUUUGAACAGUAGAAAAAGCAGAAUGUCUGAAGGAAAGGAUUGUGGUGGUGGAGAUUCCCUGUCCAAUGGCAUCAAAAAACACAGAACAAGCUUGCCCUCUCCAAUGUUUUCCAGAAAUGACUUCAGUAUCUGGAGCAUCCUUAGAAAAUGCAUUGGAAUGGAGCUGUCCAAGAUCACGAUGCCAGUUAUAUUUAAUGAACCUUUGAGUUUUCUGCAGAGACUAACUGAAUAUAUGGAACAUACGUACCUCAUCCACAAAGCCAGUGCACUUUCUGAUGCAGUUGAAAGGAUGCAAUGUGUAGCCGCAUUUGCUGUAUCUGCUGUUGCUUCUCAAUGGGAACGCACAGGGAAGCCUUUCAACCCACUGCUUGGAGAAACAUAUGAAUUAGUCCGAGAUGAUCUUGGAUUCAGACUUAUCUCAGAGCAAGUGAGCCAUCAUCCUCCAGUGAGCGCAUUUCAUGCUGAAGGAUUAAACAAUGACUUUAUCUUUCAUGGAUCAAUUUAUCCCAAACUCAAGUUCUGGGGUAAGAGUGUGGAAGCUGAACCCAAGGGAACCAUCACUUUGGAGCUUCUUGAGCACAAUGAAGCCUAUACGUGGACAAAUCCUACUUGCUGUGUACAUAACAUUAUUGUGGGUAAACUCUGGAUUGAGCAGUAUGGCAACAUGGAGAUAACAAACCAUAAGACUGGAGAGAAAUGUAUAUUAAACUUCAAGCCAUGUGGCCUUUUUGGAAAGGAAUUACACAAAGUGGAAGGCUACAUUCAGGAUAAAAGCAAAAAGAAGCUACGGGCCCUCUACGGGAAGUGGACAGAGUGCUUGUACAGUGUGGAUCCUGCCACCUUUGAGGCGUGUAAGAAGAAUGACAAGAAAAAUGCAGAUGAGAAGAAAAGCAGCAAACAGAUGGGCACCUCUGAGGAACCAGAUGAAAUGCCUUUGCCAGAUUCUGAAAGUGUGCAUGUCAUCCCAGGAAGUGUUUUGCUCUGGAGGAUAGCUCCAAGGCCUCCCAACUCUGCACAGAUGUAUAAUUUUACUAGCUUUGCUAUGGUUUUGAAUGAAGUAGAUAAAGAAAUGGAGAGUGUUAUUCCUAAGACUGACUGCAGGUUACGACCUGACAUAAGAGCAAUGGAGAAUGGAGAAAUAGAUCAAGCUAGUGAAGAAAAGAAAAGACUAGAGGAAAAACAAAGAGCAGCCCGCAAAAAUAGGUCCAAGUCAGAAGAGGACUGGAAAACAAGGUGGUUCCAUCAAGGACCCAAUCCCUACAAUGGAGCACAGGACUGGCUUUACUCAGGCAGCUACUGGGACAGAAACUACUUUAAUUUGCCUGACAUUUAUUAAAAAUGUAGUCAGGACCAUUGGUUAAUCCACAAUUAAGUCUUAAGUCUGUAUUUCUAAAGGAUUUUGUUUUCUUUGUUUUUAUUCAUCUUAAAAAAAAAAAAAAGGAAAGCUUGCCCAUGAAAAUUUGCAUAUUUCAUACAACUAGUAAUGUGGUGGCAUUGGUUCUGAAAGACUUGAGAAUAAUAGUUUUGCUGAAAAUACUCACUUGGGAUACAGUUUUAUAUAAGGGGGGGGAUCUGUUAGGGGAGUACUGAUUUUUUUAUGGCUCUUUCCGCCAUAUAUGUUAAAGGAAAUUGCUACCCAAACACAAGCUCUGGGUUUGUGGAAAUAAAUUAAAGCAAGUUAUAAGAGGUAGUUUUUAUGCAAAAAUGGUAAAUGUAACAUAGGAGUCUUGAGAACACUCAAAUGUUCAUGUGGUUAAACUUAAAAAAUGAUAAAAUAUUUUGUAAAGAUUUACUUCAUUAAUUAAAAUAGCUUUUCUUUAUAUUAAUUCCCUCCCUUUUCACCCAUUACCCCAACCCCAGUCCAGAAUAUUCAGAAUAAGUAUUAUUGAUUUAAAAUUUCUCAAGGAUUAAAAUGGUAAUUAAUAGGCAAGGUAUUUUAUGUUUUACUCACUUCAGUGCAGUGUAUUGAAUUUGCUUUCACCUUCUCCUGUAACCAAUCUGAUUUUAAAACAUCAAAAAACAUUUAAAUUAUACAAAUUUGAAUCAAAAAUAUAUACUCCUAAGAAAUCAAAUUUUUUGUUGAUUCAUAAAAAUGCAUUAGAAAUUGUAGGGUGUUGACCAUCAAAAAAAAAUGACAGGCAUUUUUUUUAAAUGUCAAUUUCCAUUGGUACAUACCACUGGAGAAACUAAAUUGCACACGUGUACGUAUUGUAAGUAUCAAACUAUAUUUAAAAAAAAAAGGAGGUCUUGUGCAUUUCAAGUCUACAAGGCACCUGUGUACUUAAGAUAUGUAUGGAGACCUAUUGUACAGUAGCUUUGCCCCAUUAAUUGGGGUUUAUAUCUUAUGGUAUUUAUACACACAUGCGCGCGCACACACACACACACACACACACACAUAUAUAUAUAUAUAUAUAUACCCACGCGCACACACACUAAACUGGGACAUAGCUUAGGAGUGCUUAAGUAGCUCCAGCAAAAUGUUUUAAUUGCUCUCUUAAAGAUAACAGGGGUUAUAAUAAAAAAUUUAACUGCUGCUAAAUAAAGACUUUAGAACAUUCCAAAGAUGUGUGGUUUCUUUUAAAAUUUUAAAUAUAUUUUGCUAACAGUGACUUUUAUUAUAUUUUCCUUUACUACUGUCCCCUGAAGCUCCCUGUAUAGAACCCAGUAAUUUUAUCCAUAUUGUAAGCAUGCAAUAUAUAAUAUAUAUAACACAUAUGUAAAUAUAUAUUUAAAAUAGGUUUUAGUUGAGAAUUUAAAUGUUGGUCAGAAUAUUUAAUAAUCUAGGUGGAAAGCCAGUUUAUAAAUUCAUGUAAUGAACAGAUUUGCUGGAGUGGAAAUGGUUAUUGUUUCUCCCCAUAAAUACAUACAUACAUACACUGAAGGCCAUAUCUUAUUACAUAAAUUGAAUUUAAUAUUUGAUUGUUCUGCAAAUUUACUUUAAAAAGCAUUAAAUAUUCCGAUAGCUUGCAUACUUUUAACUAUAGAAUAUCUAAAUAAAUAAAAAAAAACAAACAGGAAAACAAUGCAAUGCUUGCAUGAAGUUUAUUGAUAUAUUAUAGUGGUAGAGAUUCCACCUUGAACGUUAUCUCAAACAGCGUCAUUUUCGGCAUCUGUUAAAGGGAAUAAUGUACAUGUUUAAUGUUUAAAUUUAGGCACUAUACUGAACAUGUUGAAAUGGAUGGUGAAUUAAAAAUCCGCAGUUCUCAUCUA